AGCGGAAAUUUUUUGAAACUCAAAUAAAAACAUUUUUUUCUCCAGCCAAAUAAGAAAAUUUAAGGAAAUUCAAGAAAAAUCACAAGAAAAACGAAUUAAUUCGAAUUAAAAAUUAUAGAAAAAGAAUUAAAAAAGAUAAAGCAUCGUGAAUGCCGGCGUGACAAUCCAAUUUUAGACGUACUUUCGUGAAAAUUCGUCUAAUGAAUCGGUACCUCUUGAAUAUUUCCUAUUUAGGAACGAAUUUCCGUGGCCUCCAGAAGGUUGUAAAUAAGAAAAAUCCUGUACCAUUGGACAAUACAACAGUUCAGUCUGCACUGGAACUUGCUCUUCAGCGUCUUCAUCCCAGAAAUCCCAUUGAGGUUGUCGUUGCCAGUCGUACGGAUUGUGGGGUUCACGCGCUCCAUUCAGCAGUUCAUGUGGAUCUCCUGCGGCACAAUGGGGAGCCGUACGUUGAGCGCCACAUUACGCAACUUCUGAAUCACUCCUUCACUCGUGACGGGCUGUUUGUUCGAAUCUUGAGCACAAGACGUGUUCCCAGGACAUUUCACUGUCGCUUCAACGCCAGGGAGAGGAGCUACCUCUAUCGUGUGGCUAUUGCAAAGAACUUCCAGGUGCCAGAAGAUCAGCAGAGUCGAGCACGAAGGUUGAACUUUGUACCCAUUGAGGAGAUUAAUCGCUGCUACUUUGUAUCGAAUCCCCUUGUGGAUAUUGAGAAGGCAAAAGAAGCAGCUAAACAAAUUGAAGGACUUCACGACUUCCGGACGUUUAUGUCUGCAACGAAAGACAACAGAGAUCAUGCAUUUUUCGCCCUGAGGAAGCUCUCAGAGAUCACCAUUAGUCCUGGAAAGUCUCUCACAACACUUGAAAAUAGAUGUCGUACUGAUAAGCUCUAUAAUUUCUUCGAUAUUCGCUUAAAAGGUAAAUCUUUCGUCUACAAGCAAGUCCGGAGGAUUGUUUCCACCCUUCUGGCUGUUGGAGAGGGGAAAUUGUCGCAAAAAGAUGUGUAUGAGAUGCUAACAAUCCCCAGUAAGCACACGUGGCCUAGUUUUCUCGAAAUAGCCCCUCCGUACGGGCUCUAUCUCACCAAAAUCACAUACAACGAGGAAGAUUUGCAAUUUCCAGCACAAAAUGAGUCUCCUGGAGAAGAUUCAAGCACGUCGUAGGUGCUUACGGACUUGUGAUACCCUCGUCACGUACCCCGAUGGAUCACAGGUCAUUGAACGAGCCACCGAAGUUAUCCCAAUGCAAAAUUCAACAUAUGGCUUUGUUGUGGACACGAAACCCGAUCCGGAAGCUGCUGAAAUUCUUCCUGGGAAGCUCUUUCUUGGCUCCCAGGAUGCCGUGGAUGUGGAACGUCUCCUGCGCCUUGGUGUGACGCAUGUCCUCAGUGUUGGCAUUGAAUGCCCCAUACUUCUGCCGCCAUCAAUUGAAAAGCAUCACAUUGCAUGCCUAGACGUUCCGGAAUAUCCCCUCUAUCAGCUAGUCCGGGAAGCGAGGGUAUUCAUCAAUGUGGCACGUGAGACGGGAAGUGUCCUUGUGCAUUGCAAUGCUGGAAUUUCCAGAUCUGUCGCCAUUGUUGUGGGAUACUUAAUUCUUGAAGAGAAAAUCCCACUAGCCGAAGCCAUGGAGAUGGUUCGAAGGAAGCGACCAGGUGCAAAGCCCAAUGAUGGAUUUAUGAAGCAACUUCAGGAGCUUGCGGACAAAGUUUUGGGGCCAAAAACGUAGAAAGUGUAGUGUUGAUGACGGCAGAGUAGUGGACUGUAUUUGCUAUAAGCUAUAUAUUUUAGUCAAUUGGGGGAGAAUAAACGGUCGGGCAAUUAUAUCUAAAACUAUCCUAA